AUGGCGCAUAGCGUCCCGCACGCGGCGCCAAGCCAGCCCAUCGAGAUCCUCUCCUUGGCUGCCUACGAAGCCCAUGAUGCCGACAUCCCCACGAACGCCGGCGUCUUGUCUUCUAGCUCAAGCUCCACAAAGUCCGCAAGGACUCACUCAACAAACACCAAGGAUGUCGAUUCCGUAAAGGAGGUUGAUGUCGAGAAGGCUCUUACAUGCUCUACAGAGUCGUCAAUACAUGAGGAGAAAGCUCAACAUGCAGUCGAUUCCAACGUUAUCUUCUGGGACGGUCCUGACGAUCCACACAAUCCCUUGAAUUGGUCCAGCCCACGGAGAUGGGGUACCGUAGGCAUUGUAUCUGGUCUGACCUUGUUGACACCGCUUGCAUCGUCCAUGUUUGCUCCAGGUGUGCCAGAAGUGAUGCAAGAAUUCGGAUCGUCCAAUGAAGCCAUAUCAAGCUUCAUUGUAUCAGUAUACGUUUUGGGCUUUGCUUUUGGCCCUCUAGGCAUGUUCCUGACUAUUGCUCCUUUGUCCGAAAUGUAUGGACGUCUACCAUUGUACCAUGGCUGUAAUAUUCUGUUCAUAAUCUUCACUGUUGCCUGCGCAGUAGCAAGCAAUAUCGAGAUGUUCAUUGUCUUCCGUUUCCUACAGGGCACCUUUGGCGCCGCACCCAUUACGCUCGGAGGUGGGACUAUCGCAGAUAUAAUCUCACGGGAGCAACGAGCUACCGCGAUGGCUUUGUGGAUGAUGGGACCAACCGUUGGCCCAACGAUUGGCCCUAUCGCUGGUGGCUUUAUAACCCAGGCCAAAGGUUGGAGAUGGAACUUCUGGAUCCUAACCAUAAUCAGUUCCGGUUUCGCCAUCGCUGCCGCGAUUCUCAUGCGUGAAACCUAUGCCCCCGCCAUACUUGCUGCCAAGGUCCGCCGUCUUCGUAAAGAGACCGGCAACACUGCUCUGAAAUCCAAAUUCGACACUGGUUUAACCCCCAAAGACCUCUUCCUCUUUUCUAUUGUGCGACCCUCGAAGAUGCUCAUCAUGUCCCCGAUUGUCACCAGCAUCUCCCUCUACAUGGCCAUCACCUACGCCUACCUCUACGUCCUCUUCACAACAUUCACCCCGGUUUUUAGCACUCAAUAUGGCUUCUCCCGUGGUGUUGUCGGGCUCUCUUUUGCUGGUCUCGGCGUCGGCUGCAUCUUCGCCCAACUUUACGGUACCUGGAUGGCCAAUCGCAUCUUCAUACGGCAGCUAUCCCGCGGUGACGCACGCCCUGAAAACCGCCUACACAUGAUGGUCCCGGGCGCCAUUCUGUUGCCCAUCGGCCUCCUUAUUUACGGCUGGACGGUGCAGUACACGGUGCACUGGAUAGUACCGAUUGCGGCAUCGGGUCUCGUCGGCUGUGGGCUGAUGUGGAUCUUUAUGCCUGCUAGUACAUAUCUAGUAGAUGUAUUCACUGUGCACGCAGCGAGUGCUAUGGCAGCGAGCACAGUGCUACGAAGCGUGUUUGCGGCUGUACUGCCACUGGCGGGUCGGAAACUCUACGAGGAUCUGGGCUAUGGAUGGGGAAAUAGUCUGCUUGCGUUUGUGGCCAUUGCGUUCAUUCCGAUGCCAUUCUUGUUCCUGAGGUACGGUGAAUUUGUACGGACGAGGUGGGUUGUGAAGUUCUAGAUGUAGGGGUAAUGAGGCGAUGGCUGUAUGCGUAUGCUAUCAGGGAAGGAUCAGCAGAGGCGAAUAUAGUUUAUGACAUUGUAGCAUGCAUAAAGAUACCCCUUUGAGAGUACAUUAUACAUAUACUAC